CAUGUACAAGCAGCCGCCACUGGGAGGCCGAAAGAAAGAUGGUAACCCGGGAUUCAGAGGGAGGCUUUGCGCACGUGCCUGACAGCUGAGUCACGCGCGUGCCCAGGCGAGUGCACGAGAACUGCGGGACUGGGGGAAGUUUGCAGAGCUCUGGCCGGCCGGAAUAACAGCAGAGACACAGAGAUCGAGCUGCUGAUUCUCUAUAGUCCCUCUCUUGAAGCCCUUGUCUUUGAGAUUUUCUUCUUCCUUGCUAUCAGGCUUCUUCAAGAUGCCAAGACGGAUGUUAAUGCCUCACAAGUCUGUUUUCUCUUACUCCCAACCUCCAAAGUGGCUUAAUGGUGGCCAAAACAUGAACACAGCCAGGUGUGGAUAUCGUGUCUUCUCUGCCAACUCCAGUGAAGCCUGUAUGGAACUGGCCAAAAAAAUCACGGAGCGUUUGGGAACAGAAUUGGGAAAAGCGGUUGUAUACCAGGAAAGCAAUGGAGAAACCAGAGUAGAAAUCAAGGAAUCCGUCAGAGGGCACAAUAUCUUCAUUAUACAGACAAUUUCAAGAGAUGUCAACACUGCAGUAAUGGAGCUUCUGAUCAUGGCGUACGCUCUGAAGACCUCCUGUGCCAACAACAUUAUCGGAGUGAUCCCAUAUUUCCCGUACAGCAAGCAGAGCAAGAUGCGCAAGCGGGGCUCUAUUGUGUGCAAGCUGCUGGCCUCCAUGAUGUCUGGCGCAGGACUUACACAUAUAAUUACUAUGGAUCUGCACCAAAAAGAGAUUCAGGGCUUCUUCAAUUUCCCAGUGGAAAACCUGCGAGCCUCCCCCUUUCUGCUCCAGUACAUCCAGGAAGAGAUUCAAAACUACAAAAAUGCAGUCAUUGUUGCCAAGUCACCUGAUGCAGCUAAAAGAGCACAGUCUUAUGCAGAGCGCCUGCGUCUGGGCCUGGCUGUUAUACACGGGGAGCCACAAUGUGCAGAGCAUGAUAUGGUCGAUGGUCGCCACUCUCCUCCCACGGUGAAGAACACUGCAGUGCACAAAGGACUGGAGAUUCCCUGCACAUACCAGUCUCCGUUUCCAGGCAUUGAACUGCCAAUGAUGAUGCCCAAGGAGAAGCCACCCAUCUGCUUGGUUGGAGAUGUGCAUGGAAAAAUCGCCAUUAUUGUGGAUGACAUCAUCGAUGAGGUAGAGAGCUUUGUGGCGGCAGCAGAAAUUCUGAAAGAACGUGGGGCCUUCAAGGUCUAUGUGAUGGCAACUCAUGGGAUCCUAUCCUCUGACGCGCCACGCCUGAUAGAACUUUCGGCUAUAGAUGAGGUGGUAGUGACCAACACCAUACCACAUGAGCUCCAGAAGCAGCAGUGUUCUAAAAUCAGAACAGUGGACAUAAGCCUAAUCCUCUCCGAGGCCAUUCGGCGGAUCCACAAUGGAGAGUCUAUGUCCUACCUCUUCCGAAACAUUGCACUGGAUGACUGAGCGUGCCGCCCUUAUUGGAGCGCCACGCAGACACGUGAACUAGUUGGGCCGGAGUUAAGCAGUGCACCAGCUACCGUGUACCACGAUGUUUGAAGUUUUUACACUAUGGCAAAAUGCCACUUUCUGGAAGGUGAACGGAAGAGUUGGCGCAUGAUUCGGCAACCCCUCUGCAGGGCAGAAAGUGAUUUACAACUGGCUGUGAAUUGGUUGGAUUUCUAACAGUUGGAAGCAUGAGCUGCAAUGAUUCCCUUUGUAUUAGCUGGAGUGUGUGUGGAUGGGCUAACCCCUGUUGUGCGAGAGGUACAGUGGUUAGGCUUGUGGCAGUCAAUGCUGUUCUCAGCGUCGCAGAAUAGUAGACGUACACAAUACAUGACAUCUAUACAAGCAGCUCAUUUACAUGUUAGCUGUGUCAUGCAUGUGCUGGCAUGCAUAUUCCCAUCUUACAUGCUGCUAAACACACAAUCAUGGAAAAACAGGUACAUUGAAACAGGGGUGCACAACACAUGAUGAUAUGCACACACUGGCUUUGCAUGUAUUUGUCCAUAUGUGAAGCAGAAAAACACUUUUUAUUUUCAUGUAUGUAGGACAUGAUCUUUGCAUGCAAAUACAUAACAAUUCUAUGUAUAAUGCAAACAUGCUGUACACACGAAGCUGCAAAGUGGACUGCAUUUUACAGGAUUUAUGUAAAGUGCACCACGAAGCAUUUAGAGAAUGGAUAUUAUACUCAUGUCCUUCCUUUUGAUCUGUCCCACGGGAGUUAAACGUCCUUUCCUUUAAAGCUGCCCCAUAUGGUCAGGCCAACAUUCUGCACAAAUGACACUGUGACGGCAGCCAUCUUUAAUGCUGGAAACUUUGGCAAUAACUUCUAGAAACGUUGUUCCUUGCAGCUUCUUUAAACUAAAACCAUUAACCACAGUUUAAGGUUGAUUUUGUUUUUUCCCAUAUGUUCCCUCAUGUAGCACUGGGGGUAAGUUGCUCUCUCUGUGCCGGGGGAUGUACAGUUAAUUCCUCUGCAAACGUCGCUUCCAAACAGCACUGUGAUUAUGUUGUUUACUCGUAUGGCAGGCGAUUGAAGAUCCGGAGAAGAUGUCUGAUUUAUGCAAACGUUCCUUUUUUAUUGGUUUUAUUACUAUAAGGAUGCUUUGUUUUCCUGUCUUUCUUCUUUGUCUCAGAUGUUGUAUUCAGAGCUCUUUAUUUUUAAUUACAAGUUAAAGAAAAGGAGAAAAUAAAAACAAAUUCAAGAA